AUGGCGCCUGAAUCUCGGCCCACAGAAGCUAGUGCUUCCUUCCACUAUGCUUUGGACAGACAUACAAUCCUUGACAUCAUCGAAUGCAAUGGUGAUUAUGACACCUUCAAGAACUGCGUUCUGCCCAGCAUCUCGGCGGAAGAUCGUGGGUAUCCUGACUACAUUGACGAUGAAGGAAAUGUGGACAAAAUCAAGCGCGAUAAACUUAUAUUGGAAUCUAUCAAUGCCAUUGAACGGUUCUGUUCCUUACCUGUAUUGUACAAGUUUUUCUAA